GACUAUAAAGUUUUUUGGAGUUUGAAAUAUUGACACGGGACGUUUACCUGCUUUACUGAUCAUGGCUAACUAUGACAUGGUUCUGCAGUGCUGGGGGCCAGUGGAGGCUGACUACAACAAUCACGGAGGACUAGUUCUGAGCCGUCUGUUUGCAGAGCACCCAGAAACCCUGACGUUGUUCCCUAAGUUCGCAGGCAUCGCAGCGGGCGACCUGUCAGGGAACGCGGCAGUAGCUGCCCACGGGGCCACUGUGCUUAGGAAGCUGGGUGAGCUGCUGAAUGCGAGAGGUCACAGGGAUAGGACAAGAACUGGAAACUUACAUUUGAAGCAGAGUUGCUACUAGUGUUUAUACAGUAAAUUCUAAGUGCUGGUUUGCUUAUGACUUAUAAGAAAAGUACAGGUGUAUGAAGCAAAGCAUUUGUGCAAAUUCUACAUCUCUCUAUACAGUAUAUUGCCUUAAUAAUCUGCCUUUUCAAUGUAGUUUGCUUACUGAAUGUGAACUGUUCCUCUUCGCACUAAACCAAUAAACCUUCCAUCAGCUGC